UUCCCCGAAAGAUAUGUCUAUGUUUUUCAAGUGAUUAAAGUGAUUUCAAAAAUAAUUUUGCAAGUUUUUUGGAGGAAAGUACUUUCUUGGUCAAUAUUUUAUUGAAAAAGACUCCUGUAUCGAAGGAUUAAUGUCCAUGUGUGAAAUAAUUAAUUUCAGUGAUCAGUGCACAUCCAACUGAAUAACUCUCCAUCUUCCGCAAAGCUUAUUUUUUUCUCCUAUAUCUCUUGCCUAGAACAUGGAUGCUCCUAAGAUUGAAGAAGCGAAAGAUCAAGUUUUCAAGAAGCCAGUUUUAUUUGGUCCUAGACCUGGUAAAGGAAAAGCUCCUGUCAAAGCGCCUCAGAAAAGCUCAGAUGAGGAUGUUGAAGUUGACAACGACACCAAGCAACCUGUUGCUCCGCAGCCUGUCCAGCAAGUUGUCACUAAUGAGACAGACAAACCAAGAUCGAAAUCUACAGUUAUGGCAAAAAUUCCAUACAAAGAACCAUCCUGGGGGGGCAUGCCUCCGCAAGAGUAUUUUCUAGAGGAACUGAAAUCAGGUGUAAUCGUCCGAACUAUACCUCUGCAUACCCGAUCAUUUCACUGCUUUGGUAGAUUGGACGGUUGUCAUGUAUCAAUGGCACAUCCAACAAUAUCAAGAUAUCAUGCAGUACUACAAUAUCGCUCAACAUUCUCUGCCGAUGAUGAGUCACGCGGUUUUUAUUUAUUUGAUCUAGGAAGCACGCAUGGCACAUUUUUGAACAAGAAUCGUUUAAAACCAGAAUCUUUCACGAGAGUCCAGGUAGGGCAUAUGAUAAAAUUAGGGUGCAGCACUCGAAUGUUCAUUUUACAAGGACCUGAAGAAGAUCAAGAGGAAGAGAGUGAAUUGAGUAUCACUGAAAUGAAAGAAAAGAGGAGACUGGAAAAACUGGAGGAGGAGCAAAGGAAAGAAGAAGAAGAGAGAAAGAAAGCAGAAGAGGGCAUUAAUUGGGGAAUGGAUGAUGAUGCUGAGGAAGAGACAGAUCUGACCGAAAAUCCAUACGCAGUAACAACAAAUGAAGAAUUGUACAUUGAUGAUCCCAAGAAAACUUUAAGAGGUUGGUUUGAACGAGAAGGAGAGGAAUUGAACUAUGAAUGCGAAGAAAAAGGAUUCGGGCAUUUUGUGUGCCGUGUAGAAUUACCAAUUGACAGUAGUACAGGUCAGCCUCAUGUUGCCGAGGCAAAUGUAAAAGGAAAGAAAAAAGAGGCUGUGGUUCAGUGUGCGUUAGAAGCUUGUAGGAUUUUAGACAGACUUGGACUCCUAAGGCAAAGUUCCCAUGAGAGUAAGCAAAGAAAGCAGAAAGACUGGGAGGCUGACGAUUAUUAUGAUAGUGACGAAGACAGCUUUUUCGACAGGACUGGAGAACUUGAAACAAAACGACAGCAAAGAAUGAAGCAAAUGGGCAAAGUGGAAGAAACCAUUGAAACCUAUGAGACCUUGGUAGAGAAGCAUAAGAACGUUGUAGAGUUAUUGAAAGAAGCUGAGCAAAAACUGACUACUAUGACCUCUAUUACCCAACGCAGCGAUAUGGAUGAUCCAGAUUCAGGUGUAGAUGCUCUAGACUCUUACAUGUCCAAUUUAAAGGAACAAAAUUUUGACAAGCUAGAACGCAAACGCACUCGUGUAGAAAUUGAAAAACUGAAACAACAAGAAGCCAAACUUCGCAGCCUAGUCAACUUCACAAAACCCCCGAGCUUACCAGAAGUGAAAAAACCAGAAUCUUUACCUCCAACCGUGAAAACUGAAAGCAAAAGUGAGACUGAACCAUCCAAGAAAGCCCCACGUGAACCAGAACCGUCCAAAAGUUUUAGAGAAGAUUUCAAAAGCAAGAGAGAGAGCUCUAAGAACAGUGAAGUGGUUCCUGCCAAAAUUGCAAAGCAAACAAAGGCCAAUGAUGUGCAUCAAACAGUCUCCAAAUCUGAGGAGAGUGAAGAACUUUGCGUGAAACAGCAAGAGCCGGUAAAACCAAAGAAUAUCCCCAUAGCAAAAACAAAGAAAGCAAGUAAAAGCAACACGGAGGAAGAAUACAGCACUACAGUUUGGCAGCCACCUGCAGGUCAAACUGGCGAUGGACGCACAAGUCUAAAUGAUAAAUAUGGAUACUGAGUCUCUUCUAUUGUUGAUUUGUAAAUAAGAGUUGUGAUUUUUCCAGCAAUUGUUGCCUAUUUGUACAGUUAUCAAGUGUACAGAGAGUUACUGUUAAUAAAAUGAAACACUUCAAACGAAA